AUGAUGUCAACAUUUCCGUCCGUUCUUUCCUCCGAUACUUUCUGGAACCCAUGUCCAUCUUUCGAAGGUGGUUUCACUCCUUGGGAUUCCCAUGACCGACAGUUUCUCUUUCCACCACAAGAAGAACCGGUCCUCGUUAACCAACCACCACCUCAAGAACCGAUCAAUUCCAAUUCCAGUUCGGACAACCCAACCCCCCUCACUCCAAAUUCUUGUUCCGAUGAAACGAACCAGAACAGAUGUAAAACCAUGAGCUCCGGUUCAGAGGAGACUAUCCGUUUAGGUAAUAAUGCUAUCAUAGAUGAGAGAAAGCACAGACGCAUGCUAUCGAACAGGGAGUCGGCGCGGCGGUCCCGAAUGCGUAAACAGAAACAUUUGGAGAACUUGAGGAACCUCGCGGACAGGUUUACGAUUGGGAACCGGAAACUAAAGAACCGAGUGGUUUUGAUAGCACAUCAGAACCAAUUCGUCCGGCGACAAAAUGAUCACCUCCUAUCGGAGGUGUUCAUGCUCCGCCAGAGAUUGUGGGAUAUACGUCAAGUAUUGCUUGUUCGGCAGCUUCAGCAGCACUUAAAUCCCUGCAUGGCCAUGCAAUAA